AUGAAAUUUUUCCACAUUUUCCUUAUCGCAUUCUCAUUCUUGACAAUUCUGACAAUUGUACAAGGAGUAUCUUUGAACAAUAUGGACGACAACGGCACCGUUCCAACCCAACGAAAUGUUCCUGAACACGUCCAUGGCUCGAAUAUGAUUGGAGCGGGACGAGGACGGAGGGUUCAGGAUUGGAAGAAGUCAAAGACCACUUCAGACAACAUUCCCCAACAACCACCCAACCAACCUCAACAACACGACGCCACCGUUCCAGCUGAGCACAAGCAAUGA